CGCCGUAUAUAAGCGGCGCGGGGUCCUCGUGGCGCGGUCCUGUCACGCUCGCACGGGGUGGAGGCUGAGGUGGCGAUGGCGGAUUUCGAUCCUUACGACGAUCGGGCCUACAGCAGCUUCGGCGGCGGCCGGGGGUCUCGUGGUGGUGGCCUUGGUUCACGCAAACAGAAAGAGCUGCCAACAGAGCCCCCCUUCACAGCCUAUGUGGGAAACCUCCCCUUCAACACUGUCCAAGGAGACAUAGAUGCCAUCUUCAAGGAUCUCAGCGUAAGGAGUGUACGACUAGUCAGAGACAAGGAAACAGAUAAAUUUAAAGGAUUUUGUUACGUAGAGUUUGAUGAAGUGGAGUCACUCAAGGAAGCUCUUACAUAUGAUGGUGCACUUUUGGGUGACCGAUCACUGCGAGUGGACAUAGCAGAAGGCAGAAAACAGGAUAAAGGUGGCUUUGGUUUCAGAAAAGGCGGACCUGAUGACAGAGGAAUGGGAGGAGGUUCCAGAGAAUCCAGAGGAGGUGGAUGGGAUUCCAGAGAUGACUUCGGUUCUGGAUUCAAAGACGACGAUUUCCUGGGAGGCCGGGGUAGAGGAACUCGCCCUGGAGACCGACGGCCACCAGGUGCCUUAAUGGGAACUGGUGGCACUGGUCGUUUCCGAGAUGGGCCUCCGCUUCGUGGAUCCUCCAUGGACUUCAGAGAGCCAACAGAAGAGGAAAGAGCGCAGCGGCCCCGGCUUCAGCUCAAACCUCGAACAGUUGGUACUCCCCUCAAUCAAGUAGCCAACCCAAAUUCUGCUAUCUUUGGUGGAGCCAAGCCCCGAGAGGAAGUAGUAAAGGAGCACGACUGAGCUUGGUGUUGAGAGGGAAUGGGGAGGCGGGAGAAAACGCAAGACAGUACAGAGUGACUAGCUCUGCUGGAAUGUCAACCCUGCAGUUUACCAUUCCUGCCAUCUGGCAUUUGUCCUCUUUGAAACCGAAAACACAGAGCUUGUGAAUGCAUGUCAGCUGUUAACAAGUGGUUUUUAGUAUGUUCUUGGCUUUGCUGUAUCUAGUGCCUGCUUUGUGCUGAGUUUCCUCUUCUGUUUCCUUCCAAGCAGCACAGUUGCCAGUAGAUAAGGCGGUGUGGCUGCUUCCACGAGUGUGGAGGUCUAUGGACAAAGGUGCUGCUUCACUUCCUCCUUUCUGGGUUUAUUUUACUUUAGAAGCACAGGUUAGACUUAGUUAUUACCCUGUAUUGUUUCCUUUCACUUCCUCAGUGCUCCUCUUCUGACCCGCAUGUCUUGUUCUGUAUUGCUGUGGCUCUGAAGAGGAAAACUGGAGAGUCCAGAUGAGUUGAACUGAAUAAUUUACAGUUCUAACCAUGUGGUGAAAUACCAUUUAGGAUAAUUGAUGAGUAGUUGUAUAGAGCAGAGCCCCUUAUAAAGCUAAGGAGGUAGCUGCCCUUUCUCACAGGUUACCUGGAAGUAUCAAUAGCUGCAAAUAAAGUUGGCUGACAAGCCUGGCAAAUGGGUGGAAUCAGUAUGGAUAAAGCACCUGCCAGCAGAGUGCUGCUGAUUGCUUUUUGUAGACUUCAAAAUGGUAUGAUACUACACUCCUGAGCUUGAAGUUAGUGCUGCAAAACUGUGCCUGUUUGAGCACAGCUGCUCACUGGCUUUUUUUCUGCUUACAUUUCUUUAGGUUUUACAUGUUUGGUAAGUUUUUAAAUGAAGUUUCUACAGGUAAAAUUGACUUUUUUAUUUUUCUUUAUGGAGUAUAUACUUUGCCAUGCAGUAUGUAAUUGCCAUUAUCCCCUGUAUUUCUUUGCCCAGUGGUGUACAGUUUUAAGACCUCUGCUUUCACAAUACCAUUAAAAUGGGCAGAUUAGAAAUAGUUAUGCUAUAGAUUCUCUUCAUGUAGAAGUUUGGAUGAAAAGCAUUUCUAAUUGCUGCAUCUCUCUGAACUCGAAGUGUUUCUUGCAGUUGUUGGGUGUUCUGUGUGGGAGGAGGGAGGGGAAACUGGCGCUAAGGGGGAGAGAGCACAUGAUGUUUGACAACAGGAUCUGGAUCUUUAACACUGAAGGAUGGAUGCAUCCAAUGCAUGAGAAUUGUGGGCCCCUACUACCAGUGCUGACAGCUUUCAGAUACAACCAGCACACCAAAGUUCUUGGAAGCAUGGCUGCUUCACUGCCAGCAUCGCUGCUAGUGGUGAAUUUCUUCUUAAAGUUACUUCUGUCAUGUCAGAGUCCCAGCAACUCACAGAACUACUCUUUCCUUCCUUCUGCCUGUCACUUAAUCUGCUUCUGAGAUAAGAACCAUUUGUCUAACACUAAUAAUUAAUUUAAGACAGACAUGCAUUUGUGUGGUUGUAUUCCAAACCAAUUAGUGACCUAUUUACAUCUUCAAUGUGGAAAAGAUUUUAAGAACAAACUCCCAUAUAAAAUUCACCUCUAGUCAAGACAGUUGACUUUUAAAUGUUUAAAAAAAAAAAAAAAAAAAAAAGAACAAAAAAAAAAAAGAAAAAAGAAUUCCAAACACUUACACAUUCUGCUUCAUAACAAAAUAAAUUUAUGGAUAUGGUAUUUUGUGAAUGAUCUUUUAAAUAAAAGAAAACAUUAAGUAAUAUUUAACACUGGUCUUUAUUUGAGUCUGCCGUAGCUUGUGUCCAUCUCCCCCUCCAAAGUUCUUUAACACUGUAUUAAUUUGGAAGUAAGAGACACUUAAAUAAGGGGGGUUGGAAAGAAGAAGGGAAGAAAUAUAAGACUGUAGUGCUGGACAAAUCCAGACUGUAGGAGGCAGUGAAGUAAAAAUCAUGUAGAAGAGGAAGCAAGCUCAAGUUUAGUCCUGUGGCUUCAAGCUCUACUGCAAAGGCUGCAGGGCAGAAUUUGGAAGUAGUUCAGCUUGGUGUUUCCUAAGGCUUUUGGUAAACGUUUUCCAGCAGCUGAGUUCUGCUGCCCUCUGAAAGCAGCGCCCUGUGUGAUGGAGGGCAAAACGUGUGCUUUCAGUUGGAGUGGUGUGUUUUAGUGCGGUGUGUUUGGUAAGGCAUCAUGAAUAGAUCAGCUGGCUGUUUUUCUGCCUGGUUUCUCCCAACCUUACUUGAUUUGUUUCCUGCUGGACGUAACUGUUGAUGUUGUUGCCCUAUGUCUUUCAAGCACAUGCAUACUGCAGGGUGAGUUAAAAGCCAUGUGUUCAGUUUUUGUAAUAGAAGAAAUGAGCUUUGGCCUUCCUACUGGUUUUACUGCUUUCCACAGUAUGAAAUGAUGGGAAGUGUUAGUCUUCCAGCUGUUCAGUCUGCUGUGUAUCCUCAAACUUGCUAUCCUGACAGCUUGAGCAGAGGAUCCAAAUCCCUCUCAGGAGUGACUUGCUGAGGCAGGCUGUACAAGCACUGACUGUCCGACGUGGCUGAUCUCAGAUGCAGAAGGGCUAAUUGGCUGGAGAUGGCAUCCUUCAGCUGCUUCCACAAGGCUUGCUCAUAGUUGGUCUUGCAAACAUAACUGUGGUGGCAAUAAUUUCAUUACUCUGCAUGGUUGUUUUGGUUUUUUUUAGUUGAAGUGACACUGAUUUGUGAGGGGAGGAAAAAAAGCUCAUCUUCAAGUUUCUCUACCCGCUGACCUUUCACUCAGUAGUUUUCUACUAGUGAAAGCAGCCCAAUCCCAACAUAGUCUGUUUUUAGUAGUUCAGACACAAAUUUGCAUUGCCUGGUUUCCUUUGGGUUCUACCUUAUGUGGACAUUUGAAAAGGCUUUUAUUUCCAUAGGGUUGGUUGUUUUGUAGGAGGAAACCAGGUGACUCCCAGCAGCAAAAGGCAGCUCCAGCCUUGUGCCUCAGGGCUGACUUUGUGUGUGAAGUGCUGCCGAUCUGCUGGUGUGACUGAGGAGCCUGCUGUGCUGACACUGAAGUUCUGUUAGGUGCACUGCAGCUGUGGUUGAGAGUUACAGCCAAGACUUGCAGUCCUGGGGCCAUUUUGAGUAGUGCUGGUGUUUUUACAACCUGUCCUGUGAGUUCUGUUGUAGUUUCAAUACCAACUGCAGCACGUAGCCUGCUGGGAGCAUCGCUGCCUGUAGUGAGAGCUGCUGGCUUUGUCUUAAGAGAAAUAAGAUCUAGAAAAUCUUAGAGCAAAUCCUAUUACAUCUUUCUGUAAAAAUAAUAAUAAUAAUAA